AUGGCAAACUCGCAAGUAUACAGUGUGUAUACCGAUUACACUCCUCAGCAAUGGGUAGACCCGCAAUCUUUCCAACGUGCCUUGACAGAGAAAACCGAGAGAAAGGUCGACAGUCGCGAUCUUGUUCAGGGCCGAAUCUUUUGGUUGCCGUCCAAGGAGGAGCUGCCAGAUCGUGCUGUAAAGCGAGCUCAUGGGAAAGGGGGUGCCAUUGAGGAAGGCAUAUACAACCAUCCGGUGGUCGUAAUAUCAAGGCCAGCGGAAGAACGUCGUACGGUCCAUUUUCAUCUCAUAACCUCGCUACAAGGCAAGAAGCUCGAUCAACUGUACAACAAGACGAAGGAAUUCCAUGUCAGCCGACGCUCCUGGUAUUUGCCAAUAGCACCGACACCAGAUCAUCCAGAUGCCAUAUCGAAGAAGACGAAAAAGCGAUUCCCAACUCUUAAACUAGCGGGUGGUGCAUCUUUACGAUGGGACUCGUAUGUGAACAUUCGGCACGUCUACAAGAUCGAAUGGUCGCUCUUGAAAGCAUACGGAAAUCCAGAAACACCGAACACGCAGCUCUACCGAUUCGAACGAGAGUCUUCGAUCAGACUACUAGCCAAGAGUAAGAUCCUUACCAUGUAUGAGCCCGGUCCGCAACUACAAAGCACGGUUUUGAAGAGAUCAAUAUCGGAGCCAAUACGAGUAUCGACACAUAUUACCCAAACAGUCGAAGAAGAUCGUCAAGAAGUCAGAUCGAGGUCUUCAGACAGGGCAUCUCUCGCUUCAAUAGUGUACUCAGCGACAUCUAGCCCUCCUUGGUCGGAUUUUCAAAGGCAAGAUAUUGAACGCAGUACGAUACCUGAUCCACUGCCGAAAGUUCCCCCAGAUAGAGUAAAAAAGACCAUUGCGAUGCCUUUCAUUCCGCAAGUCAUAAGGGGGCCUUGGGAUAGGUUUGUCAUAGGUGUAAAUCAUCAUAUGCUGCCAAUUGACGGACCAAAGCCUGUAGCGAUAUCGUUCGAUGUAACCAACAUGAGAGGUUCAGUCGAUGGGUUUUGGGUUGGUGUAAAGGGUGUAAUGGCAGUUGCCAUAGCUUCGAUGUAG